AUGGAGGAGCUGGAUCGGAUGUUUUGUGCAUUGGACACGCCGCCAUGGAAUAUAGGUGGGGCGUGUGUACUGGUCGUCCUCAUGUAUGUUGACCCGAAUACCGAUGCCCCGCAGAAAGUAGUGCUUAAUAUCGGUGAUUGUCGUGCUAUUAUUCGAGAGGCGCCGGACGUCGUCGCCCUCUCCGAAGAUCACUGCGCAUCCAACGAGAAGGAGAUGGCGCGAGCUCUUCGCAGUGGGGCCAACAUUCUAGGCAACCGCAUUGCAGGGAUCUUGCAGCCCUUCCGGGUCAUCGGUGAUGCGGAUUUAAAGGGCCCCGACAAGAAGGAUUGGGUCAUCCCUACGCCUGAGAUCCAUCAAAGCGAGUUACUCGUUGGUCGCAGCAUCUUAGUUAUCGCCAGCGAUGGCGUUUGGACGCACAGCAAGGACGACAUCUCAGUCAUUGUGGUCUCAGUGUAG